GAACCUUUACACACACGCGCGCGUGUGUGUACGGCAAAUCCACUUUUGCCACGGUAUUUCACAUACGCGGGAAAUCACGUCGCAUUUUUAGAAACCUCCCAUCGCACAACAAUUACAAAAACGAUUUAAGGAAUAGAGAAAAACUGAUCGGAAACCAUUUCCCCGAGACCGCCUGUUCGAGCGGUACCGAAAAGUGUUCAGUAGUUGUUGUUUUUUAUUUAUUUAUUGUUUUUAUUUUAUUUAUUUUACACUUGGAGACUGAUUUUUUGGUGCGGUAGCCAUACCCGUGUUGGAUAGUACCGACGGAACAAAUUUCACAACAAGAUGGAACCCGCGAUCAGCAACUUGGAAGAAAAUAUCACCGCCAGCAGUUACAUGCGCGACAUUACCGAAUUCAGACAGUUUUUCUCGUGGUACGACUACACCAUAUUCGCAUCGAUGCUAGCAGUGAGCGCCUCGAUCGGCGUGUACUUCGGAUGUUUCGGCAGAAAACAGAAGAGCAAAGAGUACUUCAUGGGAGGGAAGAAAAUGAAGGCGGUACCCGUCGCCAUAUCUCUAGUCGCUAGUCACACCUCAGGGUUUUCGCUGAUAGCUAUCCCAGCUGACGUAUACGAGCACGGUGCGUCUCUACUGAUCAGCAUCAUCUCGCUGGUGAUCUUGGGCGCCAUCAUGGCCUACGUGUUCCUCCCAGUAUUUUUCUCGCUGGAAAUAACCAGCACCUACGAAUACCUCGGCAUGAGAUUCGAUCAAAGAUGUCGCAAGUGGGCCUCGGCGUUGUACAGCCUCUCAGUGAUCGUUUACUUGCCCAUGAUCAUCUACGGUCCGGUCCUGUCGUUUGCCGCAGUUACGGGGAUUGGGGUCCACGUGUUGACUCCGAUCGUAUGCGGAGUCUGCAUCUUCUACACCAGCCUCGGGGGUUUGAAAGCGGUCGUAUGGACCGACGCGAUCCAAUUCGUCGCCACGGCGGGCACCAUGGUGACGGUAGCCAUCUUGGGGGUGAAAUCCGCGGGCGGAUUCUCCGAGGUUUGGCAAACCUCCUUGGACAACGGUCGGUUGGACAUUUUCAAAUUCGACCUCGACCCUACCAAAAGGGACACCUUCUGGACGAUCGUCGUAGGGUUGACGAUCCAUUGGGCGUCGUACACGGCGACCGAUCAAGACUACACGCAAAAGUUCUUAGCGGUGGCCACUUUCAAAGAGUCCGUAAGGACGGUGUUCAUGUACUGCGGCGGCAUGAUCGUGGUGAAGAUUAUAUGCGUGUUCACCGGACUGCUGAUAUUCACCAGAUACUCAAAGUGCGACCCGUUGGCGAGCGGCGUAAUCGAUAAGAAGGACCAACUUCUCCCGUACUAUGUACUCGACGUGGCAGGCCAUAUACCUGGCCUAUCCGGUCUCUUCAUCGCCGGAAUCUUCAGCGCCGCUUUGAGCACUAUGUCGUCCGCGCUGAACGCUCUAGCCAGCAUCAUCUACGAGGACUUCCUCAAAUCUUUCAUGGGCAAAAAAAGCGACCAAGCGACCAGUUACAUCUUGAAACUGAUUGUGGUGGUGACCGGAAUCGUGAGCACCUCGAUGGUGUUUUUGAUACAGUAUAUGGGGGGACUCUUCAGCGUCGCCAUCACCCUAAUGAGUGUCACGCAUGGACCGCUAUUCGGAAUGUUCGUUUUGGGUGCUUUGUUUCCGAAAUCCAACGGCAAGGGAGCGUUUUGGGGAUCUUUCGUCAGCCUGAUGGCGGUCAUCACCAUCAUCACCGGCACCGAAAUCUCGACUUUUAUGGGCUACAACGACCCGCAGCAGCUUCCGGUGUCGGUCAGCGGUUGCAACUCCACUUUGGGGUCGGAUCUCAUACUCAAUUCCACACUGACCUACGACCUCACGUCAGACGCCAAGCCUUUCUUCCUCUUCCGCUUAACGUUUUACUGGUACACUUUCUUGGGAAUGGCAAUAACGAUCGUCUUGGGGGUAAUCAUCAGCUACAUCGUGGAAGAGGAGGAUGCGCAUCCCGUGGACAAGUGCCUCGUGAGCCCGGUCAUCCACUUCCUGCUACCGAAAUCGGGAAAGGAGCAGGCGGGAGAGCGGCCCGCAUGGGAGUACAAAUACGAGCCGGUCAAGAAGAUCGCCGAGGACGUGUCGAUGACGAGCGACGACAACGACAAACCGAAGCAGUAUUUUUAAUUCCUCGAAUAAAUCGUUUAUUUUUAUAA